GGAAGACUAGGUGGCCGGCUUGCCCAGACCGACGGGACGUCAGCAAUAACAACGACGGGAUGACGAUGCAGAAGCACAAGCAUGCCACGGGCACGCAGGACGAGGACACCCGGUGCGGCUGGUUCGGCUUUUCCCCGUCGGCGGCGCAGCGGUUCGCCAAGGCCGAGUGGGUGCUGUUGUGCUUCUGCGCGGCCGGCUUCGUGCAGGGCAUGGUGAUCAGCGGCUUCAUCAACGUGUCGCUGCCCACGCUCGAGCGCCGCUUCCACAUGCGCAGCGUCGAGUCGGGCCUCAUUGUGUCCAUGUACAACGUGGGCUCGCUGCUCCUCAUGGCGCCCGUCACAUUCUUCGGGAGCGAGAUGCACAAGCCGCGUCUCAUGGCCGCCGGCGUCGCCCUCAUGGGCGUCGGCUCGUUCAUCUACAGCCUGCCCCACUUCAUCGCGCCGCAGUACAAGUACAGCCGGCCGUUGAAGGACCUGUGCCCGUUCGCGAGCGGACCUCCGUUCCAGCCAAGUAGCACUCUUCGAAACUACCGCUUCAUUUUCAUGAUCGCCAACUUGGUGCAUGGGUGUGCCACGGUACCAUUCUACACGCUCUCAGUGGCCUACUUGGACGACAACCUCUCGCACCAGAAGUCCACCUGGUAUAUCGGCAUCUACUACACCGCAGCCAUCAUGGGGCCAGCGGCCGGCUUUAUCUUGGGGGGCACGUUUCUCGGAAUCUACACUGACGUCACGGUAGACGCCUCUAGCAUCGGCCUGUCGCCGUCGAGCAACGUGUGGGUCGGCGCCUGGUGGAUCGGCUUCGUGAUUGCCGGCUUCUCGGCGCUGAUUAUCAGCUUGCCGACGUUUGGCUUCCCAAAGAAACUUGCGGGGGCAGCGAACGUCCACGUCCAGAAGUCGUACGAGGUGGACUCGCGCGCUUUCAAGGGUGACUCGGUGGAGGUGCGCCUCGGCGACAUGCCCAAAGCCGUGUUUUACCUGCUGCAGAACCACACGUUCCUGUUCGUCAGCCUGGCCUCCACCGUCGAGUUGAUGAUUGGCUCUGGUUACUCGAACUUCGUCACCAAGCUGUUCGAAAGCCAGUUCGGCAUGACUUCGUCCGGAGCGGCGCUCCUGCUUGGCAUGAUCGGGGCUCCGAGCGCCUGUCUGGGAUGCUUUCUGGGUGGCUACGUGGUCUCCAAGCUGAACCUGAGCUGCCACAACAUCAUACGCAUGUGCAUUGCCGUCUCGGUGUUCAACUGGUUCGUCUUCUACGCGCUGCUCAUCUCCUGCCCGGACAUGCGAUUCGAGGGCAUCGACAUGGCGAACAAGAUUGUACUCACGCCCAAGUGCAGCAGCGACUGCAUGUGCCCGCUCAGCUUCAAUCCCAUCUGCGGUCGAGACUCGAAGAUGUACCUGUCACCGUGCCUUGCUGGCUGCCGCAACGAGUCCCCGUUCGUCGAGGCAUCGACCACGCUCUACACUGAUUGCGACUGCAUCAACAUAGCUGACGACAACCACACCGAAUUCGUGGUGGAGGCCGAACGGGUGCGCUGUUCUCAGGAAUGCGCCGCCUACGGCUUCUACAUGGUGGCGACAUUCUUUUGCAUGUUCGGUACCUUCUACAUCAGCGCGCCGGGCAUCAGCAUCACCAUCAGGUGCGUCUCGGCAAAGCAGAAGUCUUUCGCCUUAGGAGUGCAGUGGGCCUUUAUACGUCUCCUGGGCACCAUUCCGGCUCCACUCAUCUUCGGCAAGACAGUGGACAUGGCCUGCGAAAUAUGGUCGUCCGUGUUCGACGGCGAGACGAACGACUCCGGCCACUGCGCCAUCUACAACAACGCCGCCCUAAGCCGCAACAUGGCCACGAUGCUGGUGCUGCUGAAGACCAUGUCGGUGAUGCUCUUUUCGUGUGCCAGCCUCACUUACCAGCCGUCGGCGGGAGGAUCGCUCUCAUAA